CUGAAACAUGCUAACCUCAGUGCCCAUGUUCACUAACACUGACCGCAGGCAGGGAGUGUGUUUUCAGAGAAAGGUGCUAACUCCCCCAAACCAGUGCCUCAGGGACCUCCGAGAGGACAGCUCACCCACAGUGGGCUUCACACAGAAGGAGGCAAAGAAGACGACCAAGUGGGACGUGUGCUGAACGGGAGGCUGGUGUGCUCAGGUCCAUGAAUUUAUCACUCCCUCAGCUCCAUGGAGCCACCACCAAUCAGCACUGAGCAAGGCCACAGGCCCCUCAUGCCGUGCCUGUGAGUUAAACUCUCUUCCUCACCCAGGCCUUAUUACGGCCGGUCCUCCCACUGCUGUCACACAAAGGGGAUCACAGAUAACACAUAACCUACUUUAGUCUCCGAUCGCUGCUUCCCCUCGGUAUAGCUCCUGGGUUCAUCCACAUUGAGGGUCAGUAUUUCUUAUUGCUGCUCAGCAUUCCAAGGUAUGGAUGUUUGACAGGUGUCCACCGUCUCCCUCCCUGAAGGACCUAGGUUGUCUCUACUUGUUGGCGACCAUAAACAGGACUGUGCACAGGUGUAGAGGUGUUUGCAUUUCUCUAGGCCACACACUGAAGGGAGGAACGGCUGCACACGGCUGUCCAUGCAGAGCUGGGAAGCCAUGCUUCUGUGAGGAGGGAGGAAGGACAGAGGGAGAUUGGGAAGUUGCCGGGCCCACAGGAGCCUCUGCUCUCACACCGGUGGCUGCUGGUCCCGGCGCUGAGGUCGGUGCCCGGCCAGCCCAGCCAGGUCCCCCUCGGGUAAAGACAUGCAGCCCCUGAGCCUGGGGGUGUUGCUGCGAGGGCUCGCUGAUCUCUCUUCCAGGGGAUGAACAACCAGUACGUCCGCCGGGAGGUCUUCUGCCGGAACAGCUGCCACGAGCUCAAACACUUCUGGGAGCGGGAGAUCGGCAAGCAGACCUUCUACCGGGAGUCGGAGGAGCGGCGCCUGGGGAGGAGUGCGCUGAGGAAGCUCAGAGAAGAAUGGAAGCAGAGAGUGGAAACCAAGCUGAGGCUGAGGAACAAUCCAGAUGAGACUGAAAAACAGGCAAACGUUGGCCAAGAGCUUCUGGCUUCCUUGACGCAAGGGGAUACGGAGCAAUGAGGUCACUCUGUGGACAGGCGCGGCUGUGGCCGAGUCCCUUCGCUGUGCCAACCAGCUCUCACCUCACAGGUUCGCCAACGCUUCCCAGCACUCCAUGGAGUCAGCAGCUACUCCGGGCUCUCUGCCGGUCUCCGCAGAGGAGAUUAUUAGAUACAAAAGCUCAUGUGGCAUCUUCACCUCCAUGCGACUAUCGUCUGGCUUUGAAAUGCACGUAUUUUCAGUUCUAAGCACGUCAGGGGAAUGAUUGUCAUGGCCAUACCGGAAACGCCCACAGUUUUGCUCCCCAUUUUCCUCUUAGGAAGCGGGUUCAUGUAGUCCUUUCUCUUGUUUUCUUCUUGUAAGAAAAAUGCAUCUGCUGGAAUAAAAAUAUUGUAAAUAGUCGUGAAAAUAAGGUUUGCAAAUAAAAUUACCGAAUGCUAUUUGGGUUAUUGUUAAGCUAACUUAAAAGCUCCCAUGCCCGCACAGGUUCUCCCCGUCGGCUCCACUGAAGUGUCUGCCAC